CAUUGCUAAACCUAUUUCUGGUAAUUGGGAAGGCAUGUUUUGAUUCCAGAGACACUAUUCCACAUUUAAGAGAAUAUUCCACAAUAAUGUUUAAAAAAUUUGAUGAUAAAGAAUCUGUAACGGGUGUAAAUAAUGCCAAGUCUUCUGUUGUUAAAGGAGUAAGAAAUUCUUUAUUAGAAUCAUAUCCACAUGUAGCAACUUAUUUAGAUAAAAUCAUAGGCAAAAAAGAAGCUAUCAAGCUUGUUAAAUGCCAUGAUCAUAUAGAAGUCAUAGCUGCUCAAAAUGGAGAUUUGUUGUUUUUCCGUCACAGAGAUGGACCAUAUUGCCCUACCCUUCGUCUUUUACACAAAUACCCAUUUAUCCUACCUCACAUGCAGGUAGAUAAAGGUGCUAUAAGAUUUGUAUUAAGUGGUGCUAAUAUAAUGUGUCCGGGUCUAACUUCACCAGGAGCUAGAAUGACUAAAGUAGAUGCUGACAAAGUUGUGGCAAUAAUGGCUGAAGGUAAAGAACAUGCUGUAGCUGUAGGCUUAACUAAAAUGUCUACAGAAGAUAUAUUAUCUAAGAAUAAAGGUAUAGGCGUUGAUAAUCUUCACUUUUUAAAUGAUGGUUUAUGGAAUAUGAAAGGAGUAAAAUAGCAUUAGUUGUUAUAUUAGUUUCUAUUUAUAAUUGUACAAUAUUCAAAAUUCAUUUAUUCCAUGUUGUCUUCUAAAAUGUUAUAAUGAAUGAUGAAGACAAAAUUCUUGCUAUGGAAGGCACUUACACAAUUAAGACCUUUUAUCGACUGAUCUUGUGCCAGUCAGUCCAUAUAUUUACUAAUUAUAUUUUGUGAAACUAUUUAGUAAUGAUCUGUCUUCAGGGAAUUAGUUUGGAAUAUUUAAUGUUAUAAAUUUUAAUUGUGGUGCUGCUUUCUUGAAGAGUUUUUGAAAGGUACAAAGUUUUAUUAUCAAUCAAAACUGGCUUGGAUAUUAUCUCAUUAUAGUUUAUAUAUAUUUCAGUUAUAACUCAGUUUGUAUCAGGGUUUACCAAACAACAACCUUCAAUCACAUCUCUUUAAUUCAAAAAUAUUUUUCAUUUUUCUGUCAUGGAAAUUGUAAUCAUAAAUUGACUUAAUGUUAAUGUAUUCCAUGUGAAAUAUUAUUAUUUAAUAGUAUUAAAGAUCAGAAUACUAUCAGAAAAUGGGAUGUAAUGCUCCAUUUCAGUUUUACAUGUUGAUUCUUGAUAUUGUAAUGUCUGUACAUUUCUUGUAAAUUAGAAAAAUACUUAAGAUAUUUA